AUGGUAUGCUGCUGGGGAAAUCGCAAGAAGGAAGUCGUGGGGAUUGCUGAUCAGAAAUGGGAAUACAUCAAUCUUUGCGACUUCAAGAGUCGAGGAUGUGGCACUGUCUUCGCUUAUGUCUACCUCUGGCUCAUGCUUUUUGUCUCAGUUGCUGUCUACGUCGUCGACAGCUUCACUGCUGUUAACCUACUCAUUUUCGAUCGCUGGUCUUCAAAGAUCGACCCUGCCAUUUCUUUCGACGUCUCGAAAUGGAUCUUCUCCAUCUGUAUCAUUCUUUCAUUUGUCAACCUAGCCUAUGAGGGUAUUCGUGCUUAUCGAGUCAUUCGACGGGGCAAUGUUGCAGAAUCCUACCUUGACAGUUUGGCUGUUCGUUGGGAAUCAAUUCGUCUUGGCUCGCAAGGAUGGAAGAGGUUCUUAGUCUUUGCUGAACUCACUAAAAGUAAGGAGGGCGCACAAUAUAUCGCUCUCUUCACAUACUUCAACUUUCAAGCUUGGAUUCGUGUCAUCAUCUGCUCAGGCCCCCGUCAAGUUCUCAAUGCCUUUACGCUCAAGUCAGUGUACGAGGCACAAUUGACUCCAACCGCCGACAAUGUUGGCGACUCUAUUACUGGGUUCUUUGAGAAGAUCAAGAUUCUUGCCGAAGAAGACUAUCAACAGGCUGUGAUUCUAUCUGGCAUGUGUUUCACUGUGGUUAUUUGGGUAUUUUCCGCCCUGUUUCUCUUGGCCGCCGUUCUUUUUUGGGUCUUCUUUCUAUAUCAUUGGAUUCCUGCUGCUGAUGGCGGUCUUUCUGGUUACUGUGAACGAAAGGUUACCAAGACUCUGAUGAAGAUUGUCACCAAGACGGUCAACAAAGCUCUGGCUAGAGAGGAAACCAACCGAAUGAAAGCUGAGAUCAAGGCUAGCAAGAAGGCGGGCGAGAAGUUCAAUCUUGACCGCGCUGCUACUCUCCCGACCUUGCCAAAUGUGGGCCCAGUCGACAAGAUAGGCCAGCAUCCUAUGCUCAACCGCAACGACACCAUGACGACUCUACCGCCUUAUACUUCACGUCCAGGAACACCAGGUGAUACGGAGGUCCCUCCAGUUCCACAAGUGGCUAUGCCAACCAGGCAAGGCACCACGGCAUCCAUCGCAAGCUUUGCAUCUCGGGCCACUUCUAGGUCUGGGGCUGGUUAUGGCCGACUUGCAUCCCCAGUGCCUGAAGUCCCUCCGGUAAACUAUGGAGAGCAGCCUCUUUCACGGACUACUACCAUGAAUUCGCAGGGGAAUCAUGGUCAAUACCCCGCAAACCAACCGAUGUCAGAUCCAAUGCAAUUCAUGCCUGGUCGGUAUACGGAAAGCCCUGGCCCCAUGCAUCCCAAUAAUGCGCCGUUCUACCCCCCGCCAGCUCGCGCACCCAGUGCUCGUCCGAUGGAUACUUUUACACAACCCAUGGGGUCGUUUGCGCCGACACAAGCACCUCCUCCUGGCCCGAGAGGUUAUCAGGCUUACAAUCCUGGAGGACGUACUAGCACUGCGACGUCUGUAACCUCUCACCAGAAUGGACCUGCGAUGCAGCGUCAGUUCAACCCUCCUGUCCGUAGUGCCACAGGGCCGAUGCCUCUACGGGAGCCUCCGCGUAGAAACCUGACCAACCCUAUGCCGCCCCGUUCAGCAAGCGCAAGACCGGAAAGGGCACCUCCUUAUACCUACGAUGUUGAAUCGCAGCGAGGAGGAUAUGGUUGGUGA